CCGCCUUCUGCUGCUGCCUGCCUCCUCCACUGCACGGAGAGUUGUGGCAGUGGACCACUGUUGGAUUCACAACAGGAAACAAUUUCUUCUGUCCCUGGGAUCGAAAGACGAAGUUUACUUAGGGGGAAGUUACGUUCAGAUAAAAUGUCGUCCUGGGCGAAAUCAUCUGCAGCAGUCCGGCGACCAGCUGCGAACCCAAACGGAAGUACUCAACAACUACGUAUGUUUCGGAGAGCAGCGCCCUACCCCAGCAGAGAGGACAGGACCGAGGAGCUGAAGGAUGCCCUGGAUAGUUAUGAAGAACUAGAGCAAAUGAAAAACUAUGGAGGAAGUGUGAAGUAUGAGGGGUACAAACAUCAGCCAAAUGUCAAACCACCCAAGCCUGUCAAGCCAGAGGGCAGCACCCCAGCAGACAGACGUAAAGGCCUAUAUCAAAAGUUCUACAGACAGGUGCAAGAAGAGAGGAAGCCGCCCGACUGUGUGGUCGUCUCUGUGGCCAGCCAGUGCCUGGAUUACCCCAAAUCGCUAAGCCAGUGCUUGCAGGAGCGUGGCCUCUCAGUGGAAAUGCUCUACCUUCACGCGGAAUCGGGCCUGACCCGGGCCCUGCAGGAUGUCCGAGCAGACGGCUCCCCGUUAUGUAUUCUGGUGGAGCAGACAAACAUAGCUCUGUCCUCCUGCACUGUUAUCAUAUUCUCAGAAUCCCUCAAAAUCCAUCGCAACAUGCCCAAAGACCAGGCCAUGGAUUUUGUUGUAGCCGAGUACGGUCACAGCCUCGCCAAAGAGCGUCCGCCAAGGGACCCCGCAGACAUCGCAGCACAGGCAUCGCAGCUGCUGGAUGACUUCCUGGAUCGGGAAAAGAUCGAGCGCCACGCUGUUCCCUCUGAAACCCGUCCGCUCCUCAUGCUGUUAGCUGAGGGUGUGCACCUCUACCCAGAGGAGCUGGAAACAAUCGCGCAGUAUGUCCAUUCUCGGCAGCAGCACGUGCAAGCCUCCAACACUGAGGGGGAGAGGGGUAACAUGCUACCUCCAGGUCUGGGGAAACCGCCCCCUCUGCUCCCUACUCCACCUGGGCCCCCUCAGUCCCAGUCUGGAGACAGAGAAGAUGGACCAAUGAUGGACCUCCCCCAACCUACACGCCCUCCUCUCUUGCCCUCACCAGGCUCUUAUCCCAAAACUAAACCUCCUCCUCUGCUGUCCUUGCAUCGACCACCCGGUCCGUCAUUGGGGGCUCCAGCUCCACGAGGCCUCUUGUCCUCACACAUGCCCUAUGGUGUCCCCACUUUGCAGCGCGGGCCGCUACUUCACCACGGUCCUCCAUACCACCCAGGGUCCAGGGGCCUUCUCGGGGGUAGAGGAGCAGUCCUGCCAUCUCUGAAGAGUUCCCGUCCUCCACUUCUCUCUGCUCCAGGUGCCCCUCUUCAACGACCAGGCGGGCCCCGACACUGAGAAAAGACACACAAACACACUGUAACACAUGCAGGCUACAAGUUCAGGAAGUUUUUUUUUUUUUUGAAGUUUUCACAUUACAAAAGACUCCUGAGCUUUUUUAAAAAUACACUAGUACACCACAUUCAGGUAGAUGAAAAAAAUGGUAGUUGAUGUAUGAAAGUAUCAUCAUUUUGUGAAAGGACUUAUAGAGGACAGCAUGGACUAUUCUAUUGACUGACCUUUUUUCCCCCCCAAUGUCCCGCAAUCGUCGUUUCCUUGUUUCUCUUUAUAACUUACUGAAUCUCUCACCCAGAGUCAUCCCGGUAAAAAAAUAUGUUCUGUACUUACACUUUGGGUUUCUAGACUCCACAGUGUUUAUGUAGGUUACAGUGACUAACUGGAUUAAUUGUUUACUACCCAGUGGAAUGCAGAAAUAAAUCUGAUCACCAGUGGACAUCAGGUUCAUAUUUACAGCAGCAACAGGCAAAGUAUUGGUGGUCAUACAGUGGUAAUAUUUUUCUGUAUAUAGUGAAUAUAUCAAGUAAUCUACCUGCCGUGUAUGUGUUUCAAGAUGGUGCUUGAGAUUUCACAAGGAUUCAAAGAAUCAACAACCAAUUGAAAGUUUGUUUAUACAAGCUGUAUUCUUGGCUCAAGUUUUAUUUUUAUUUAUAUAUAAUUUUAUUUUUGUCACAAGUAGAUGUGAUCAUUCUGAAGGAGUUUUGUCUAUUGGUUUGUAUUUUCAAGUCGCAUGUACUAUAUUUGGCACCUUUUUUUGAGUUUAGGACAUCCAUGUGUUAUCUUUAUAACCAUGCUUUGUUUGUAUAAGUGAGAGUAUUUAUACUUGCCUAAACUGAACUAAAAAUACAAACCUCUACCCUAGCAUUAAAAGUAUUGUCUCCCCAGAAAACUGCAAGCUUUGUUUGGUCAUCAAGAAUAGAAACGGCCCAUUGUGUGUUUCAUUAAAGCACAAAAGUAAGCUUUAUAAUGUUUUCCAUCAUGACCUAUAGGAAUCUGAACAUUAUUAUGUAUUUUUUGUCAAUAUUUUAUGCAAAAUCCAAGUAAACAAAUAUUGGAUUUUCUUCACAGAAGAGUGUCUGUUUUCUAAAACUGUCAAUUAAAAACAUCUUUUUGUAAUUAG